ACAGCCAUCUAUCGCAAUCCUGACUUAGCUGGCCAAACUCCCGAGGCCCUGCUUGCUCAUCUGCGCACUUGCCAUCCAAGAUUUCGUUUCAAAGCAACUUGGAGUCCUGUACGAUCUCAUCUCAGCCUCGAAGUGUGUCUCAAUGACGUUUAUGAUGGCUCUAACGAUUGCGGCCUUCGACGUUGGAGUACAGCUACCGCUACGGCCAACUCCACUUCAUGCUACGUUGACGCCAUCACUACUUCUGACUGGUCAAAGGCUGGAAGCGAGGUGCUCGGAGGCUGGACAGGUCUAGGCGGCUCUUCGGUUGGUGCCAUGACAGGAUGCGGACUAGGUGUAUGCCCUUCCAGUGGAGAGGGCCCUACUAUUGCUUCAUCGUGUUCAGCGAUUGGAGCUGGGGUAGGUGGGAACAGUGGCCUGACUGGUUGCUUGGCUUAUACUGGAGCUGCAGGCUUCAAGAGGCCAGUUCGCCGUCUACCCUAUACUCAUCUUAUCUACUGGCGUGGUUCCGAAACCUAUAUGGAUCAAGCAAGUUGA